AUGGAUUCAGAAGAAGAGGAGGUACAAAAAGCCGCUAAUGUUAUUAGGGAGAAAAAGAAAUUAAUUGUACAAGCUCAUAGAGCCAGAAAAAUGAUGAAAAAUCGACCUAUUAUGCCAAGAACUGCAAUUACCAAGUCCAUUAAUGAAAUGGAGAAGAAAUUAGGCGAGUUAGGUCUAGAUACAAGUGAAAUCCGUGCACGCAGUCAAACCAGGAAACGUAAACGGUCAGAAUCAGUCGGUGAUGAAAUCGUUCGAGAGUCAUCAAGAGUACGAUCUGCAAGUGAAUCACGGGAUCGCAGCGUUUCUGGAAUGCGUGAUGUUAAGCAAAAGAAUGAAAGUGAAAAACAAAAGAAACUUGCGCAACGCAAACCUAAUAGGUUUGCGAAGGUGGGUGAAUCGGAUAGAAAAAUUACAUCCAAGAAGCCAAAACAUUUAUAUAGUUCUAAAAGUACUAUCGGGAAAAAGGAUUGGCGUUGA